UUUGCCUUCAAUGGGCAUAUGUAACAGCCAACGCAGCCAGGAGAGCUCUCUCGGAAACAGCAAAGCCAACAGUGUCCAAAACAAGACCGGUCCCCAACCAAAACCAAACCAGCCACCUUCCCUGCCACGAGAGGACAACUGAACUCCGUUUCCAUGAUCUGUUUUAUCUGCAGCAUUUCUCCUGAGGCAACCGUUUUGCAACUGAAGGAAAGGCAGAGAAGCUGAGAGGAUGACCAAUUAUGCUGUUAUUCUUGCCACUUACAUCAUCACCUUCCUGAUUGGCUUCCCUUCCAACCUCAUGUCCCUCUACACCUUCCUGAUGAAAGUCCGCAAGAAGCCAGCCCCCAUAGACAUCCUCUUGCUCAACUUGACUUUGUCUGACAUCAUGCUUCUGGUCUUCCUGCCUCUCAAAAUGUCAGAGGCUGCCCACAAAAAUGAGUGGCAUUUUCCUGAGGUGCUCUGUGGCAUCACCAGCUGCACCUUCCACAGCAGCAUCUACAUUAGCACCCUUUUCCUCACGGCGAUCAGCGUGGAACGUUACCUGGGCGUUGCGUUUCCCAUAAAGUAUAAGUUGAACCGCAGGUCGGCCUAUGCAGUAGUGGCCAGCAUCUUCAUCUGGCUGCUGGUCGGUUCCCACUGCAGCACCGUCUUUGUUCUGAGGUCCCUGCAUAAUGACUCAAUGGAGACAUCACAGCACCCUUCCAAUCAUGUGGUGUGCUUUAAGGAGUUUAAUGAAUGGCAGAAAAAGAUCAUCUACCCCUUCCGGCUUGAACUCUGUCUCGCUCUCUUCUGUAUCCCCUUUAUCAUCACCUUUUUCUGCUAUGCCAAUGUCAUCCACAUCCUAGCCUCCCUGCCCAAUGUCCAGCGCCGCAGGAAGCAAAGGUCGGUGGGCCUGGCUGUGGUCACCUUGCUUAAUUUUGCCAUUUGCUUUGGCCCCUUUAACAUCUCCCACAUUUUUGGAGUCAUAAAUUAUGAAGACCCUGAAUGGAGAGAUUAUAGCUUUGCCCUCAGCUCCUUCAACACUUGCUUGGAUCCUUUCAUCUUCUUCUUCUCGUCCUAUGCCAUCCGACGAAAUGUUGGCAUCUGCUGGACUGGCAUGUACAGAAGAGUCAGGCUCAUUAUACCAAAUUGCUCUUUGCCCUGCUGCAAGAAUUCCAGAGACAAUGAUGAAGGAAAGGGAGCUGUUAGAUUAUCAUCUUCAAGUGGAUUAGGAAGAACUGGCAUAGCCAUUGAUUCCUUCUCCUGCAGCCAUGCUGCAAAGAACUGGGAGGUCAGCAUACUGAACCCUGAGCUAGAAGCAGACUGCAACAAGUUCUAAGAACGUGUGGCGCACUAGACGUAGAACAGACUUUUGUGGAUGCUUGCCACUUUAUACAUUUCUUCUCCCCAAUUUUGAAUUUGGAGUUGUGAAUGCAACUGCACGUUGAAUAUGUGUGGGGUUUUUUAAUGUCAACAAUUGAAUCCUAUUUACAUAUCUUAAUUUUUGCGGGUGGGGCAGACAGCAAAUAUGAGAUUGCUUAAAUGUGUGGUUUCAUUCUGCCUAUGGAUGCCCCAUCCUACAAUGAGAGUUGGACUUAAUUUCAUUUCAGUGAAAUGACCCUAACUGAAGCACCUAUUGCAUAAUGCCAGUGUAACAUAGUGGUUUGAGUGUUGGCCUAGGAACUGGGAAACGAUAAUUCAAAUCUCUGCCAUGUACAAUGCCCUGAAAUCCUAAAAAUAAAGGCACCAUC